UCGCACGGGCAUCCUAACAACACCCGUGAAAAUCUCAAAGAUGGAAGUCCAGCCGCAACCUCUGCAUAUGCCGACCACCCCAGGCGACUUCCCUGCUCAGAGCCGUCGCUCCAAGGCCAACUCGUACGACACGUCGUUCCUUGAUAUGUCGAAAGGCAUCUCAGACGACCAACAAGACCUGCUGCGCAAGAAACAAGAAGUGGUUGAUGUCUGUCUUGCCUCGCCGUUGUCGACCACCACCAGCCCACACAGCACGGGCCAAAAAGCAAUUCGCAUGCCCAAGGCCAUGGCCAUUUAAGCAUUUGCAACGAUUUCAUGUGCUUGUGGAUGCAGACAUGGAUCGAUUGCCUCUAUUGAGGUGCCCCGACAUCCACAGUAACUCCAGUAUUUAACACCGUCUCUGUGUAUCCCACCAC